GUCGCUCUUUGCGGUGCAUUUUUAUCUCAUCGUUUGUAUUUUGUCUUCUUCGUUCUGAUGUUAUGAUCUUGUCUGUACAUUUUCUUCAAUAUCGAAUUCCGGGUCUAAACUCUCCGCGUCGCAUCACCCCGCGGUUUAUCACUUGGUAGAUAGCUAUGGGUUCCAAACCAGGCCAGAAGUUUGGUGUUGAAGAUACUUGUCGCCUCAAGUCAGACCCCGCGUUGUUGGGACAUGUCUGUAGGACGCACUAUGAUGUGGAAAGCCAGGACCAUCUGCAUGAUCUUUUGAUCCGUUCCUACACCUCCGUGCCCGAGCAGGUUCUGAUGGAAUUCCUAGAAACAGGCGUGCCACCAAAGGGAUAUGUCUUCGUUAGUUUCCUGGAGCCGUCGCAGGGUAGCUCUCUCAUACAUGAGGAUGAUCUCGAACUUGUAGACCGGGCUUUGGAGCUGGGCGAAACCGUGAAGCGUCACUUGGACGAUACAAUGAGUGGCACAGUCGUUAGCACGUCUGCUAAGUGCUGCCUUGAGCCCAUCGCUUUUCGAAAUCGAGACCCGAACACGGGAGAGUACGGUUCACUCAAGUUCGCCGACAAACCGCGCCCACGUGUCUGCUCGGUCCAUCCCGAGCCUGACGAUGGAGAAACGCCACGGCUAUACAAUGUACCGCUGUCCGAGCUCACCAGUUACGAAGAGUUCUCUGAAGGGGACUAUAUCAUCUAUCGACAGAAGCUGGGAUACAUACACGCGGUCGACCGGGAUGCGGUGCUACUUCUGCCGAACCAGAAGGUUGUUAUCCCGCACGAACCAGCUCAAUUGGAAGUUCCACUUUGUUCCGACUCCAGCAAAGUCGUGUCACUCCCCGACCACUUUGACGCUAUUAACACACACCGUUUGAAAAAUGGCGAGUUCAUGUGGUCCACGACAGAAGCUGACUUUGUGUUCCCCGGUCAAUUUGUGUUCACUCCUUCCAAAAAUCUGGACCGGAAGGAUAUAACCCUUAGCAGUGGCGAGCAAUUCGUGCCAGAGGGUUAUGUAUUAGCGACGCCGCCUGAGAACGUGCAUGUCGACUGGGUUUGCCCCAACGUGUUCGCGACAGGGAUGCCUUAUACCAGUGAUGAUAGUGAGACUCUAAUGGCUUCAGAUUUGAUUGGCAAUGCGGUGAAGUGUGAUUUUGGCAGUCUACCUGGUCAGGGUUCUCGUGUGCCCCAGGUCAAGUCGGAUACUUGGCUAAGGGCCGGUGAUAAAGUUCGAUUCCGAGACACGAGGGCAGCAGCUACCACAUAUGCUACUUACCAGCACAUCCCCCCUGACCAGUCCUUUGGGUAUGAUCUCAAUAUUCUGCGGAUAGUAUCUACCGAGACAGAGGUUACUGUUCAGUGGCAGGAUGGAACUACCACUACCGAAAAGGGGCUCAACCUGAAUAGAUUCCUAGGCCCCGAGGAUGAAGUCUGGCCCGGGAAUAUCGUUGCCCUUAAAGACGCGACUGAGAGGAUUCAAAGGCCGUAUCACCAAAGUGACAAUCCUCGUCUCACCACAGCGAGUGCUGAAUUUUGGGAUACGAUUAUUGUCAAAAAGAUCGGGGUGGUUCAAGCUGUGGAUAGCCGAGAGCGUAUAGCGUCAGUACGUUGGUUCAACGGACCCGGGGUCGAACUGCUGAGCCAAGGAAACAUAUUGCGACCGGGCUCCUCUCUAGGCGAACUUGGCCGUGACUCGACCCAUGUUUCUCUCUAUGAGCUCACCACAUAUCCCGGCCUCAGCAGAUUGAUCUCCGAUACGGUACUAAUAGUUCCAGAAACGGUUCACCAGUCAACAAUGCCGGGUCCACAGGAGGAGGCAAUUGAAGCCACGGGGCCGUGUACUCUAAGCUUCCUGGCUCCUGUCACCUUGUUCAAGGCGUUUGUGUAUCUUGAAUCCAUGAAAAAUGCCAUUGUAAAAACUGAAUGGUUCCGAAACACGACCAGAAUUGAGACGUCGCCCAUUCCGAUACAGUUCGGCAUACACUACGUUGAAGCCGGGAUGAAUGAGCCGACAGACUUCGUUGGCAAGAUCAUCAGCAUGGACGUGGAUGGUACCAUCAUCGUUCGACUGGCGGGCAUUGACAACUGCCGAGAUAUCCGCGUUCCGUUUGAGAGGAUCAUGAUGAUUAUUGAUGAGGAAGAAACCGUUCCCCCUGGCGCUCCCCCACCCGGUCUCCCGCUAGACAUGGAAGAUCCGUGGAUUACAGAGACGUAUGAGUACGAAGGGGGUGUACGCCUCGAUGAUGGUAGCGGAGAUGAUGAUUGGAUGACGGAGGAUGGGUAUGAAGAGAUUGAUUGGGAAGAGACUCCCAACGUCGCCCAUGAAACCGGUGGCGGUGGUGUCGACCGUAACGAGAACUUCACGACACCUGGAGUCUCGGAGAUCGCACCGCCUGAUCACGACGAUGACCAUACCAACGAGGAGGCUCUCCCCCCCGCGGUUACGGAACAGCCUACUCAGGGAGAAGACGGGGCCCACGAUCCGUCAGGCUCUGCGCCCUCAUCAUGUCCCCCCAGCUUUGCCCUGCUGGAAGGUUCUCCUCCCUCGGACCAUCGCUUCAUUUCCCAGUCUGCACCGAGUGCAUUCAGCAAAUGUUUGAAGCGCAUCCGGAAGGAAUUCGGGAUUCUGUCCUCGUCGCUACCGCCUGGCAUCUUCGUCAGGACAUGGGAGUCGCGAAUCGACCUACUCCGCGUCUUGAUCAUUGGACCGCAAGGGACUCCCUACGAGCAUGCUCCAUUCGUGAUCGAUUUCCACUUCUCUGAUGAUUUCCCCACCCAGCCGCCGGCCGCGUUUUUCCACUCAUGGACCAACGGACAAGGCAUGAUCAACCCGAAUAUGUAUGAAGACGGGAAAGUCUGCCUGAGCGUCUUGGGGACAUGGCCUACCGAGAACCCCGAGGAGACGUGGUCGCCGGUGAACUCGACCGUGCUGCAAAUUUUGGUGUCUAUCAUGGGUCUGGUUCUUGUAAAGACGCCAUUCUACAACGAACCCGGAUACGAAUCACUUGCCGCGGAGAACGACCGACGAGUCGAGUCCAGCCAGUACACCGAGAAGGCAUUUUUACUGACUCGGCGAUUCAUCCAACAUGCGCUGGAACAUCCGGUUGCCGGGUUAGAAGAUAUCAUCGCAUGGAAUUACCUUGCCGACGCCGAGCACCAGAAAAGCGAGCAUCCUCAGUUGCUGCGACGAGCCAUCAAGGAGGCCCUUGACAUGAUCGAGCACCACAACUCGACCUCUACCGAGGAUGCUAGCGAUGCGACCCAGGCCGUCUCGCCGUUUGUUUCGCGACUCAGUCUCGGGGCAGUCGUGAUGCUCCGUAAACAUGUCACUGCGCUCGAAAAGAUCGAAGCUGCUGCCAUGGCACGAAGUUGUUCAUAGAUUAGAUAUCGUAUUAGAUACUCAUAAGACAUGACAUCGCAUCUAUCGAUUGAACGCAAUCAGUUGAUCUUUUCCCAGCGCCUCGACUAGACAUGGGGCUAAGGACUCCAGGAGAAAUUCUUCUGGAAGAUCCAUCGUAUCUGAUUGAUCCUUUUGUUGAAUCGAGUAGAUAAGCCAGGUU